AACAGCACAAACUGGUCAGGCAGAGCCUUGUGCUUGCUGCCAGCUGCCGGGCACUGUCCCCACAGAGCUGCACACAGGACACUGUGUCACUUCCAUCCUGUCACGGCUUUAUUCUGCUGUGUCACCUCAGGGCAACUCCUGGCCAGGGCCCAUGUGAUACCCACAGGGGCUACGAGACCUGCAAAGGUGGCAGUGAGCACAGCCGGGCAGCCUCUCAGGACCAGGAAGUGGGCCCGACCUUUUCUGAGCCGUUAACAGACACCAGGGACAGGCUGGCCUCGCAGGAGGCCUGGAGCCAGGCUGAGCCUCGGUUUCUCCCUCCAGCAUGGGACCUGAGGUUGGGUGGGCUCUUCAUGCCCCAGGCCGUGACCUCUCCUUGUUAAUGAGCCAUGAAUCCGUAGCAUUUCUGUGUGUCCCUUCUGAAAUUACCUUCUAACAUGCAUCGCUUUUCUGCCAGGCCCACUUGUGCCUCUUCUGGUACGACUGAAGGCAACUUGCAGAGUGGUCUGGGCUUCAGCCUGAAGCUCUCCUGAUGGCCUGGAGUUCCAUGUCUCUGUUCUGUCACAGAUUGGGGCCCAACAGGAGGAGAGCAGGACAGAGGGCUGCAUGGUGAGGACGGCGCUGGCAGGCAUGCAGCGCCCCGAGGGAGCCCCCAGAAUGGGACUUCCUGGACAGCCGCCCCAUCCACGCAGACUCCCUCCUGGACCCCUCUGGGGCCUGCAUUCCCACCCUGCAGGAGGGGAUGGUGCGAAGGUCCUCCUUUUUUGUCCUCCACUUCUUGGCGGAGCUGCACUCCCAGGAGAAUCCAUCAGCUGAACUCCUGGCCCAGCUGGAGCAAGCUGAGCCCACUGAGGCACAGCCCACGGGACCAGCUCCAGCCCCAGCUGAAGUCCCACACGUGGAGCCCGAGACAGCUCCACCUGCAGCUUCCUGCCCAGCGCUGGGACCACAGCCAGAGUCCGUGGCAGCCCCUUCACCUGCUGCAGUGCUGGGGCACCCGGUGGUUGCACGGUGGUUGGUGUCACCUCCUGAGCUCCGCCUGGGGUCAGCUCCUGGCCCCCUCCCACUGUUCCCCUCACUUAUGCUGGCUCUUGUUUUGGUAUUUACAAUUGCCCUUAUUUCUUGGUUUUAUAUAAAUAAUAGAACUAGCUUUGAAUAAAACUUAAAAUUUUAGUGUU